GUAAGAAGAAGGGGCAUGCUGCAAACAUGGCCUAAGUGCAGAGGAACAAUUCACGGCUCCAAGAACUUUUCUCAAGUGUGCUACUAUGGCUGCUGCAUUGCUAGCUGUAUUUAAUUGUACCCAAAGAACUUUCCAGUUAUCUGGCAACAAAGAAGAUCAUACCUACUCCUGCAAUCCAGCUGUUCAUAUGGGGGGAAAGGAAAGAAUAUAUAAGGAAAAGAAAGCAAUCCAGUAGUGGAGAUGAAAAAUCUGGUGGGAUCUCAAAAGGAAGGACUCUUUGAGAGCAGCACUUCCCAGGGGAGGGAUCAGCUGCCAAUACAAGUGGCAGAUGUCACUGGGCAGCAAGAUGGGGAGGUUCCUGGAUCUUCUGGACAGCCCAGGCACCAGAGAGGAAGUUCACCAUCCACACCUGCAGAAGAGCAAGAAUCCUCAGUGCCAGCUUCUGAUGAAGAUUCACCAGCCAGGACUACAGAGAGUUGGCCAUGGCCAUUGUCAUCAUCUGAAACACACAGCAACCUGGGGGAAGAUUUUGAGGGAUUUCCAACACCAGAGCGGACUCCACAGUGUACAAUGGACAUACAAUCUCCUGGGGAUCAGUCUCUCAGUAGGACUCCCCAAUAUGAGAGUGACUCUCCUGUGGAGGGAAAUGAUGAAAUGAACGAAGAGCACCAUGGUGUUCAGCCUGUCCCUAGGGAUCGGGGUUGGAGAGGGCAAACUCAGCUGACAGAGGGGGAGAGGUUAUUAAUGGAAACCAAUAGUAGGAUUGUACAGCUGCUGGAAAAUAUCAAGAGAGAGCAUGCACAGUCCAUGGGUCUCAUGUCACAGUCCAUGGGCCGGAUGGAGCUGCAGCUAGGCAUUGUGGCUACAUCCACAAGAGCCAUCCAUAACUACCUGUCUGAGAUUUUAGCUUUCCUCAAACAACCAAGGACACAGGUCCUUGAAACACGUAUCUCCCAAAGAGCCACCCCUCAUGUUGAGUUAACGAGUGCCUCAACGUGGACUGGUGAGGAUGCAGUGGCAAUGCCCACUGGAUACUUACCAAGGGAUGAAGGGAUUAAUGACUCUCAAGAAACACUGCAAGCCACGCUGCCUCGUCGCAGUGGCCGAAUGCAGAGAGCCAUAACAGAAAGGGCUUCAUUGCCCAUGCCCAUGCGCCAAGCAAAGGGGGGAGGGAAGAAAAAAUAAUUUAUCACACUAGUGAUAGUAUUUUUAAGGGUUUUUUUUAAUGUGCCUGUCCUUUUAAUUCUUAGCCAUAAGGCCAUGAGUGGCAGAACUUGACCAUUUUUACAUUUGGCUAACAUUGUAUUCUGGCUGACUAGAUUAGUCUUACAUUUUGUAGUUUAUAUUUGCAUUGUUAACAAUGUGUGCUACUGGUAUUUGAAGAACAUUUGCUUCUGUUCUUUCACUUCAGCUUCAUGAGAGCAUUUUUUUACACUGUGCCAGACAUUCAUUGCUUUUCUUACAAAUACAAAUCAUUUCUGGA